AUGGAGCAGCCGGAAUUCGGAUUUUCUGCAGCCGCGAUGGCUGUCCCACUGCCUCACCUACCUGCACAUUUUGGGCAUGCGGCGACUAAUGUGCCUGGGCUUUUUUCUCCACCGCCGAUGAACGUCGGAGUACAAAUCCGCGAUCCCGCCAUCGACGACGACAGCAAUCUUCAGGAUGUCGAAAUGAUUCCCGUUUCUGAUUCGCCGCCGCCUUCCACCGAUUUGCGCCUCCGAUCCCCUUCCCCCCGCCCACGUCCUCCUUCCACCGGUUUACGCCUAGGUCCGCCUUCCCCGCCGUCUGAUUUUACCGGCGGCGAAGACUCGUCCGGAGAAGAGAUGAGUGAAUGA